GCCUGCCUGCGCCCAGAUCGCGCGAGACCGCAGAAGGAGUAGGAGUGUGUGGCGCGCGCUGCGGCCGCGACGGGCGCAAGAUGGCGACGGCGACCCUAGCUCUCCAGGUCAAUGGCCAGCAAGGAGGGGGGUCGGAGCCCGGCGGCGGCGGCAGGGGCGGCAGCGGGAGACAAAUGGAAGCCUCCACAGGGCACGGACUCCAUCAAGAUGGAGAACGGGCAAAGUACGGGUGCCAAGCUGGGGCUGCCUCCCCUGACGCCCGAGCAGCAGGAGGCCCUCCAGAAGGCCAAGAAAUACGCCAUGGAGCAGAGCAUCAAGAGCGUGCUGGUGAAGCAGACCAUCGCCCACCAGCAGCAGCAGCUGACCAACCUGCAGAUGGCAGCAGUGACAAUGGGCUUUGGAGAUCCUCUCUCACCUUUGCAAUCGAUGGCAGCUCAGCGGCAGCGGGCACUGGCCAUCAUGUGCCGGGUCUACGUCGGCUCUAUUUACUAUGAGCUGGGGGAGGACACCAUCCGCCAGGCCUUCGCCCCCUUCGGCCCCAUCAAGAGCAUCGACAUGUCCUGGGACUCUGUCACCAUGAAGCACAAGGGUUUCGCCUUCGUGGAGUAUGAGGUCCCAGAAGCCGCGCAGCUGGCCCUGGAACAGAUGAACUCAGUGAUGCUGGGGGGCCGGAACAUCAAGGUGGGCAGGCCCAGCAACAUUGGGCAGGCCCAGCCCAUCAUAGACCAGCUGGCCGAGGAAGCUCGGGCUUUCAACCGCAUCUACGUGGCCUCUGUGCACCAGGACUUGUCGGACGACGACAUCAAGAGUGUGUUUGAGGCCUUCGGCAAAAUCAAGUCUUGCACUCUGGCUCGGGACCCCACGACGGGCAAGCACAAAGGCUAUGGCUUCAUUGAGUACGAGAAGGCCCAGUCGUCCCAGGAUGCCGUGUCCUCCAUGAACCUCUUCGACCUGGGUGGCCAGUACUUGAGGGUGGGAAAGGCUGUCACACCCCCCAUGCCCCUGCUUACACCUGCCACGCCUGGAGGGCUCCCCCCUGCUGCUGCUGUCGCGCCCCCAGCCACAGCCAAGAUCACAGCUCAGGAAGCAGUGGCUGGAGCAGCGGUGCUGGGUACUCUGGCCACACCUGGACUGGUGUCUCCGGCACUGACCCUGGCCCAGCCCCUAGGGGCUUUGCCCCAGGCUGUCAUGGCUGCCCAGGCCCCUGGGGACAUCACAGGUGUAACUCCCGCCCGCCCUCCCAUUCCGGUCACCAUUCCCUCUGUGGGAGUGGUGAACCCCAUCCUGGCCAGCCCUCCCACCCUGGGUCUCCUGGAGCCCAAGAAAGAGAAGGAGGAGGAGGAGCUGUUUCCCGAGUCCGAGCGGCCGGAGAUGCUGAGCGAGCAGGAGCACAUGAGCAUCUCGGGAAGCAGCGCGCGCCACAUGGUCAUGCAGAAGCUGCUGCGCAAGCAGGAGUCCACAGUGAUGGUCCUCCGCAACAUGGUGGACCCCAAGGACAUCGACGACGACCUGGAGGGGGAGGUGACGGAGGAGUGUGGCAAGUUUGGUGCCGUCAACCGCGUCAUCAUCUACCAAGAGAAACAAGGCGAGGAGGAGGACGCUGAGAUCAUCGUCAAGAUCUUCGUGGAGUUCUCCGUCGCCUCAGAAACUCACAAGGCCAUCCAGGCCCUGAACGGGCGCUGGUUCGCCGGCCGCAAGGUGGUCGCGGAAGUGUACGAUCAGGAGCGUUUCGACAACAGUGACCUCUCUGCCUAGCCCCACCGGGCUCUGGACUUGUACUCGCUCCCGCCCCUCGGGUCUCGCAGCCCGAGCGGUGUUCCCGGGCCUGCCGGCUCUGCGGCCGCCCUGCCUGUAGUGUGGAUAAAGGUGCACGUGCUGCCGCCCCGAA